AUGCCUCAAUACUUUGCAAUCAUAGGAACACAAGAUAAUCCAAUCUACGAGGCAGAAUUCACGAAUCCAACAAGUAAGAACGCAUCAUCGAACGAAGGAGGUUUCCCUAAUGACUUGAAAGAGUUGAAUCCAUUUAUCUUACAUGCAGCAUUAGAUGUUAUUGAAGACCUUCAAUGGCAACCAAAUCCAACGGUGAACAAUGCCAAUGGAGGAGGCGGGAUUGGGAUAGGGUAUUUCAAUAGUAAUACCAGUAGUAAUUCCUCUUUGAAUUCGACAGGGUUCCUUAAGUCAAGGACUUCAUUAGGUGGAAACAAUAGCGCAAGUGAUAAUUGUUAUCUUGGGAAAGUAGAUCAUUUCUAUGGUUUAUCAAUAACAGCAUACUUGACUUAUAAUGGAAUGAAGUUUGUCAUGAUUCAUGGCGACGCCAGCAAAUCUAAUACCAAUGAAAAGGAUAUAACUUUUAAUUAUAAUGAGGAGAUUAAUAGCAAGACCAGCAAUGGUAACAGAAAUAAAGCUAUGGUUCCUCUCGAUGACAACGCUAUUAGGUCAUUUUAUCAAGAAGUACACGAACUUUAUAUUAAGGCCUUAAUGAAUCCGUUUUAUAAUUUGAAUGAUCCAAUAAAUGAUUCCAGUUUUGAUAUGAGAGUGCGAAGGUUGGCUAAAAAAUAUAUAACAUAA